AUUGAAUUAAAGCCACAAAGUAUCAUUACUGAUUUUGAGUUGGCAGCAAUUAAUGUAUCACGUAGUAAAUUUCCUGAUACCAAUAAUAAAGGAUGUUUUUUUCAUCUUUGUCAAAAUGGGUGGCGGCAAAUACAAAGAUGUGGAUUAGCGAUUCAAUAUGGAAAUGAUGAGCAUUUU